GCAGGAAGUGCGGAGGGUGGCAGCCUUUUUUCACUUUUGAAAUUGCCGUCGACGUCGACGACAGAAAGGAUGGACUACCGCAAAUCCAAGCACACGAUCAUCCUUGUGCAGUACACGGAGGACCCGAACUCCCGCACGUACCUCGACUUCGAGUCCGUGAACAGCGCCAUGGACGGCGUGGUCAAGAUGUACGAAGCCAAGCUCAAGCAGCUCAACCCCAACCGACGCAACAUUACGUAUGACAUUCAAGACCUGUACAACUACAUUGACUCCCUCGCCGACCUGAGCACCCUUGUGCUGGAUUUGGAAACGCGAACAUACCUUCCCUGUGGCAAGGAAUGGAUGAAGAAGAAGAUCUUCCAAGUACUCCGAAACCAAGCCCAAUAAACCAGCGUGUAUAUUCAAUUUUGAUCUCUCUACAUUGUAUCCAUCGUAGACUUCUUGCGCAAUGACAGAUUAAGCGUAUCUGAUGGAUGUCGUCGCUCCGCUUCCUCGAAAUCGAUUUCUGGCCGUCGCAGCAAUGUCCCUUCAUAGACAUUGAUGUGAUUGAAAUGAUAGCUCUCAAGGAGCUUCAUCUACACCAUUCGCGAAGGUCAUGCUGAUAGCAUCGUCCAUUGCGUCCCGCAUCGCUCGUUACAUAUUUUGCUGCUUUCGUGAAAAAUAGAAAUAUAUUGCGGGAAAAUAUUGAUGUGUAUACGGA